CUGUUUCACUGUUUCACUUUUAAUCGGCAGCAUGUUGUGAACACAUAUUUUAUUUUAAUGAAUAGUUAUUGUGAUUUGAAUUGAGCUAUGCUUAAUUUCUAUACUUCUAUCUUGUUUGGCGGGGUGUUUGUAUUUGGCUGAUACUGCAGGCUGUUGAAACCAAACCCUGACGGUCUCUGGAUUGUAUGAAGCUCACAAAACACGUGGAAGUUUGGAGCAACGGAGCUAAUUCCGAAUAUUUUUCAUGCAAUGUAUAUUUAAUAAAAACUGAAUCCCAGUGAGGUUUGGCUGGUUGUUGGCUGGGUGCCUGGUGGAACCGCGUUUUAAAAGAAUGACACCGACGCUGAACUCUCGUUCCUCAUGCAAAGGUUUUCUGGUGAUUUAGGAGGCCGCUGAACCUGAAUUACUUGAUGAAUUUUCUAUCGAUCCUAAACACGCCAGAUUAAUCUCUGACACUGCUACUGGGUGGCGCUGCAGGAGCCGGGCAGGCCACUCUUCCACUCCCCGGUAUUAGCGGAGUAUGAGAAGAAUAAGGGGGAAGAAAGUUGGCAAACAGCGUCUGCACACACCCUGUGUACACAGAGGGAGGUGCAGGCGCCAUUAACUCCCCAGAGAACUUUCUUCCGCUGCUUGUUUUAUUUUAUUUUAUUUCAUGCUUGAAUUGGAUAGGCACUUAAAAGAAGAAAAAACACAGAAGAUCACUGUGAGGAAUAAAAUGUCGCUCUUUUUUAUCGCUGUAACAACAUCAGCGUUUGUUUUAUUUGUUUAUUUGUUUUUGUUUGUUUGGAUUUUUUGUCUGAGAUUCUAAAUCUUUUCCAAACUCCGGGUCUGGUAAUAUGAGCAGAGCGGUACGCGGAGCCAGCGGGGGAAAUGAUUGAGGCUUGAAGGGAAGAGCGUCUAAUCAAAACCUGAGGUCAUAUGAUCUUGCGCGUGCGAGAGCGGAGUGAAUGUUUAAUUCCAUUUCCUUAUCCGGGGGUCCGUCCAAGAGGCGUGCAAUUGGCUGCUUUCCGUCACGUGGAAUCCCAACUUUGUUCACUUGACAGAAAAGAAGGAGGGUUUAAGUGAACAGGAAUAACCGAAGACUAAAGGGAUGACAUAUAAAUUUUAGUUAUAUUUCUUUUCAAGCCGGUGCAAUUUCAGAAAAAGACUGAAAUUAAUGGCCAUGAGCUCCUAUUUGAUCAACUCCAACUAUGUGGAUCCGAAGUUCCCACCCUGCGAGGAAUACUCACAAAGCGACUAUUUGCCCAGUCACUCCCCGGACUAUUACGGCUCCCAGAGGCAGGACCCUGCCGCUUUCCGGCCAGACUCUGUCUACCACAACGAGCGCAACCCGGCUCAUCACCAACACCGACUCGAGCCGCCGUACACGCCGUGCCAGCGCGCAGUAGAACCCGCUUCAGAAGUGACGUCCCCCCAGGGUCACACUAUUCUCCCAGCCGGGCUACACACCACUUCUGUGUCGGAGCAGAGCCACCGCUGUGAGUCGGUAACGCCGAGCCCGCCUCCACCUCCACCCUGCGGUCAAACACCUCGCAGCCAAAGCGCUUCUUCCCCCGCCAGCAGCCGGAAGGACCCGGUGGUGUAUCCGUGGAUGAAGAAGGUGCAUGUAAACAUCGUAAAUUCCAGCUACUCUGGUGGAGAACCCAAACGCUCUCGGACGGCCUAUACUCGCCAACAGGUUCUGGAGCUGGAGAAGGAGUUCCACUACAACCGCUAUCUGACACGCAGGCGCAGAGUGGAGAUUGCGCACACUUUGUGUCUGUCAGAGCGGCAGAUAAAGAUCUGGUUCCAGAACCGGAGGAUGAAAUGGAAGAAGGACCACAAGCUGCCCAACACGAAAGUCCGCUCCGGGACUAACACUAUCACAAGCUCUCAGACUGUGUCCACGUCUCAGAACCGCUCUUCCGGACCUCUAUAGCACGGCUGUUUGAGCUGUGGCAAUGUGGUGCCCGUUCGCGUUCUCCCGUUUUCAAAUUGGAAACUGAAGAUGUGGCGAAACAAACCCUCCGGAAUGUGCACUUUGGACCAGAGUAGAAACUUAACGCUUGAAAAGAGGACCAACUCCACUCGUAGCAGACUACAGGGCCUGGACUGUUCCAUAACAAACCUAUGACUUUGCCUGUGGGGGUUUUGUGGGAGGACAUGUUGUCAAAUCUGACUUAAAGAAUCCAAAAGGGAGGCGAGUGUUAGAAUUAAAAACACAGAGCUGCACAGUUCGUUGAAUAGAUUUCCGUGAAUCCAAACAUCUCCUCUGGACUUUUUCUCCUCUUUAAAUGUUCUUCUACCGUCUGGACAGAGCCACCCACUUACCAGAUUUUGCUUAGAGGGGUGUGUGUGUGUGUGUGUGUGUGUGUGUGUGUGUGUGUGUGUGUGUGUGUGUGUGUGUGUGUGUGUGUGUGUGUGUGUGUGUGUGUGUGUGUGCUUUUAACACGCUUUCCUUUAGCUUUUUUUCUCCUUCUUUUGAAAACAUGCAUCUUCUAUGUUUAAUCACACCAAACCUGAGAGUCAUUCUUUAUGUUUUCUGUAUGAGGUGCAAAGCAAAGGGUUGAACCGCGCGGCUCUGCACACAACCCCUCCUUCUCAGACCACCACCCCCUCUCACACACUUGUAAAAAAUGGAACUGUCGUUUCUUCCAUAGCCCCCACUCCACCUCCCCACACACACACACACACACACACACACACACACACACACACACACACACACACACACACACACACACACACACACACACACACACACACACACACACAUCCAUGCAUAAAAAAAAAAAAACAGCAGAAAGCAUCAUGUAGCCACGCUCGAACCAGCAGCCCUCCAACAGAACAUGGACCCGCCGGUCGAACCCAGCAGGCUCUGAUUGUUAGUUGCUAUAGUUUGAACUCGGCUUUCCUUUUGUUCUGGAUGGCAGAAUAUAUCUUUUGAACACGCUAUUAGAGCUAUUUUUGAAAUCAGUAUUGAUUGUAAAGCGGUACUCUGAUGUGGUCCACUGGCUGCUCAUAUUCGUAUGUUAUUAAGGCUGCAGAGAUAUAGAAUUAUUUUCCAGCACUUAUGAAACAUGGAUGCGGUCAAACGUUUCCCACUGGACAUUAAUAAUCACACCAAAAUCGUACAAAUAGUACAAAACACAGCACUAAAUAAUGUAUUACUUAUUACCUCACCUGUAAAUAUAUAUGAAUAUAAAUAUGUUUUAUGACAUCGUAUUGUCGCUUGCUCGUUGAUGAAGUGACAGGUUUUCAAGCUUUUAACGACAUGAAGAGUAUAUUUUCUUCCAACAGAAGCUAUAUUCUUUUGUUCUGUGUUGGAAUGAAAUCGUUUGCAAAUGACAGAGAUUUUAGGAUAAAAGGCGAGAAAAAGUGAUUUAUCUUUCUGUUUUUCGUCAUUUCAUGUUUUUCUGUACAUUGAAUCAGCGCAUAUUUCUUUUUCUCAAGUGUCUGAUUGUUUUUUUAAUUAAUUAUCCGUUAUUAAUUUGCAAAAAAAAUAAAUACAUAAAAUAAAAUAAUAAUAAUGACGAUAUUGUUUUCUUGUUUUCGUUAUAAUCCAAGUGCUACAGCCGCAAUGAUAGUAUUUGUUGAACUUGUGUUACCUUCCGGAAAUCUAUAUGUUCCUUUCUCAUUUUCCUUAGUGUCAAGUUUGUUGUCGAGUUUCUUUUGUUUGUUUGUUUGUUUUUUUGUUUUGUUUUUUGUAAAUAGCCCAAAAAUAUAAAUAAAUGACUGAUCGUGUAAUAUUUCUAGUGUUAUUCUAUUUUUAUUUUUGAUUAAAUAUUUUAUCCACCUGUUUCUACAUAACGAUAUGUACAACGAAUGUAUUUCAAAGGUUUUCCCCUCUUAGUCAAAUUGGAUUUAAAAUAUUCUUUCUCUAGCUGAUCUAACUCUUUGGGAAAAUUAUAAUUUCUUUUUUUUUAUUUUACUUUGUGGUGUCUGUGGGUUUGUCCUUCCAUCAAGAUUUACCACUGGAAGAAGUAUUUGGCACACAAUAAAUAAUAACAUAUUA